AUGUCCUCUGCUCAAGAUUCCGCCACCAAGAUCUGCAUCGAUAGAUUCGAUGGAGACAACUACGCGACGUGGAGCCGCUACAUGCGUGGCGUGUUCCUGACCAAGUCGACGUGGCACGUGGUCAGCCGGGAGACGACCCCCACCUUCGCCGAUCCUCGCGCCAGUGAUGAGUACGUCAAGACCAACAACAUUGCGUUCGGCUUCAUGUUACUUCACAUGAGCGCGGACUAUCAUCACGUAAUUGAUGACUGUGAGGAGGCAUGGGUGUUGGAAAGACGGCGGCUGUGA